AUGACCAUUGAACCAGAUGAUGUAACAUUAGUUGUUUUACUUAAUGCAUGCGUUAAAACUGGUAAUGAACGAGCUAUUAAAGGCAAAUCUGGUUUGGUGGAUCAAGCAUUUAAUGUAUUUAAAUCAGUUUCUAAUCCUAAAAUAAUAACAUAUACUUCAAUGGUAAAUGCAUUCGGACUUAAUGGAAUGGAUGCGGAAGCUAUUGACUUAUAUAGGCAAAUUCCAACUGAUGAACGUAAUGAAGUUUCACAUAUUUGUACUUCAAAUGCUUGUUCUCAUUCGGCACUUCUCCAUGAAACUCAAACUAUUUUCAAUGAUAUUGACAGUAAAACUGAAACAAUUGUUACUAUUAUGGCUUUUUUAUUUCAACAAUAA